GGGAUGUCAGAGGGAGGUACUGGUGCCCCACCUCAGGUGUUUGUGGUGGACAGCCAGGCCAGCUACAUGCCCAGUGACAAGAAAUCAAAGUGGACCCAAGGAGGCAUGAAGAUUCUCCUCCUGCUGCUGGUGUUGUGUGUUCUGGGACUGGUGGUGGAGGGAUGUUUGAUCUACAAAGUUUACCAAAAAGCUGAUGCACUUUCUCUUAGGCCUCUAUGCCACAACUCGUCCACUCCGUCCGAGCGGCAGGACGGCACCAUUUUAAGUCAAAAAGGACCUAAAGAAACCAAUGAAAUUCCCACACUGGGACCAAAUGUACACCGUAAGCCUUUUGCUCAUUUACAGGGUUUCAGUGAUCCCAAAACGUGGGCGGAUGAUGUGGUGCAAUGGGAGAAGCUGGCUGACACCGAGAUCAACAGAAUGAAAUAUGAGAACGGUCGACUGACCAUCGAGGAGGAAGGAAUCUACUACCUGUACUCCAAGUUGGAAUUCAACGCUGCAAAGAAGUGUGACGUCAUCUCCCACAGUAUGAUGAAGAAGACCGACGCCUAUGGCCACCCCUUCAAACUCCUCAAGUCAAAAAGUAAUCGGUGCUUUCACUUAAAAUCUCCUAGCGAGAACACCUCAGACGUGGGGGAGGACCUGAAGAACAGCUUCCUGGGAGGAAUUUACCAUCUGCAGAAGGGCGACCAAAUUUAUGUGACGCUGAGCAAAAAGCUCAACCUAAACCCUGGGUCUUAUGAAAACUUCGUAGGGGCCUUUAUGGUAUCUCAGUAG